AUGUUGGCGAAGCAUGGAGUCGUCAUCUCUGGCUUAGGACGAUUCACUUCUCACUCACCUUCUUCUUCAACUGUGCUCAGAAGGCAACAGUUCCUUGUACGAGCGCUUUGUGGCUCGAAUUCGAAAAUCCAUCGCCCCAAGCUCAUCAGAGCAAUGAGUUCCACAUCGGAGGCCGACGCUGAGAGUGUCCUUAGAACAGUGACGCCAUCGCUCGACCCCAAACGACACAAAGGCCAAGCUGGGAAGAUAGCUGUGAUUGGAGGCUGUCGUGAAUACACAGGAGCUCCAUACUUCGCCGCCAUUUCAGCUUUGAAAAUCGGUGCUGAUUUGUCUCAUGUCUUCUGCACGAAAGACGCAGCUCCUGUUAUCAAGAGCUAUAGUCCUGAGCUUAUAGUCCACCCUGUUCUUGAGGAAUCGUACAGCAUCAGUCAUUACAGUGAGGAAAGUCAAAGAGAAGUCCAGGAGAGAGUGCUUGGGGAAGUUGAUAAGUGGAUGGAAAGAUUUGAUUGCCUUGUUAUUGGUCCUGGUUUGGGAAGAGAUCCGUUUCUCCUGGAAUGUGUGAGCAAAAUCAUGAGUCUUGCCAAAAAGUCGAAUGUUCCUUUCGUUGUAGAUGGGGACGGGCUGUUUCUUGUGACAAAUUCCAUUGAUCUUGUCAAGAGCUAUCCGCUUGCUGUGUUAACCCCAAAUGUGAACGAGUAUAAGCGUCUGGUUCAGAAAGUGCUGAAUUGUGAAGUAGAUGAACAGAAUGCUGAAGAUCAGCUACGUUCUUUGGCCAAACAGAUUGGUGGUGUGACGAUUCUGAGGAAAGGGAAAUCUGAUCUUAUAAGCAAUGGGGAGACUGUAAAAUCAGUGAGCAUUUAUGGUUCGCCAAGGCGCUGCGGUGGACAAGGCGAUAUUCUCUCUGGGAGUGUUGCAGUGUUUUUGUCAUGGGCGCAACAGCUUAAAUCAGGUCCUGAGAGUGGCUCUGAGAAUCCAGCUAUGUUGGGAUGCAUAGCUGCAUCUGGCCUACUGAGAAAGGCUGCAUCUCUGGCUUUUGCAAAACAUAAGAGAUCAACUCUCACAAGCGACAUCAUCGAAUGUUUAGGGGAGAGUUUGGAGGAGAUCUGCCCUGCAUCUUGA